CUUUCGUUUUGCCAUCCCCAAUUUCGACCUCAGCCGCAGCAGCCCUCGUCCCGCCUCACGUCCGCGUCCCUUCACCCUUCACUUCAGCUCAUGCCCGUCGUUGCCUUCCCACUCAUCAAGCUGGGCUACCUGGCUCUGCGGCAGAUGGCCAAGCCGAUCGCCAACGUCGUCAAGACCUCGGUCGUCGCGCGGCCGCUGCCCCGCAAAGUCAUGGUCAAGUUUGGCCAAGGAUUCAACCAAGUCUACACACGAAUGCAGCUCUUGUCCAUGGGACAUCGGGCGACUGCGGUCAAACCUCUCACCGAAGAGCAGGCAUUGCAAUACGGAUCGGACAUUCUCGGCGAAUUCAUCCUGUUUGGCAUUGCCGCGAGCUUACUGUUUCACGAGUUUACAGGCAGCGCAGAGAAGGAAGCGGCCAAACAGGCAAAGUUAGCGUCCACCCUGGCCGGGCUGCGAACGGACGUGACGACGCUGCAGAAUCAGCUCGCCGAGAAUAAUGCCACAAUUGCUCGCCUUUCGCUAUUACUCGAAGACGAGCGUAUCGAGCAGGAGCGACGCAGCCUAAUGACCACCCAUGUCGUCUCCAAAGCACUGGGUUCGACGACUCACUCUGCGCCACCACGGCAGGAGCACAAACCCUCACUAGCCAGUAGUGCUGCAGCUGCUGGGCCAUCCACUUCCGUGUCAGUCCCAUCAACGGCUACUGCCAAGCAACUGCCUUCCAGCAAUGCAUCCCCAGCAGCACCAGCAGCACCUGGCGCAUCUCCAGUUUCGCGACACGAAAUUCAGCCAACACCAACACCCUCCUCGCACGUCUCUCAGCAAUCGUCGUCGUCACCAGGUUAUAUCUCUAGUGCACUUCAGCUCCCGAGUCGAGCGUGGCGGUGGGCAACAUCAUCAUCCAGCAGCAGCAGCAGCAGCAGCUCGUAAAUUUUUGUUCAUGUAUUGAAAAUUUCUCUUUGUUUGUCGAUACCACCACCCCCCAAGUAAUACAGUACUAUACUAUUACAGCG